AUGCUAUAUGGACUCGUCCACCAACGAUACAUCCUGACGCGCGCCGGCCUGCAGGCAAUGGCCGAGAAGUAUGAGAGCGGCGUCUUCGGGUCCUGCCCGCGCGUGUAUUGCGUUGGUUGCAACGUUGUGCCGUGCGGGCGCGUCGAUAUCCCAGGAAACGAUACCGUGAAGCUCUUCUGCCCGAACUGCAACGACAUCUACGUGCCCCCGAGCAGCAGGUUCCAGGGCGUGGAUGGCGCGUUCUUCGGGACCACCUUCCCACAUCUUUUCUUCCAGACGUACCGUGAACUUGCACCGGCGCCUUUCUGGAAGGCGCCGUCGAGUGGUGGAUCUCCCCUGUCGCCGCGGAGUGUCUCAGGCUCAGGAGGAAAUGGUUCGCGCCCAUCUCCAUUCGUUAAUCCGAACCCACACGGUGGACAAAAGCGCGCGGCUGGAUAUGUUUAUGUACCGAGAAUCUAUGGAUUCAAGGUCAGCGAACGAGCGAAGAGUGGGCCUAGGAUGCAGUGGCUAAGGCUACGACCAGAGAGCCCUGAGGAACUUGAUAUGGUUGAUUGGCGUGGACGUUGGAUUAAUGACGAAGAGGAUUAUGAUGACGACGAAGAGGUUGAGGAAGAAGAUAGGCAGAUGGAAGACUUCGAUCCCGAUGCAGUAGAUGGUGAAGACGACGACGAUGAGGAGGAGGAAGAAGAGGAAGAGGGUGCUCGUCCAUCUGGAAAGCAACAUGGGAAGCAGGUCGCCGAUGGCCCGAUGGGCUCACUGCCAGCCCUCUCCCCCUCCCACCAUUCCGCACGAACUUCGCCAACAUCACCUGGCGCACCGCGCACGCCGGACGAUAAACCUUUGAUUGAUUUGUCGGUAUAUGCCCUACCCUCGUUCGGGCGAGUAUCAAAUGAGGGUAAAGAGAAGAAGCAGGCAAAAUAUCUCUUUCGCACCGCCCACAACGACCUCGUCAAGACCUCAAGAAAAAUGACCCGUACCAACCUUCGCUACGGUCUUAACCACGGCCACCCCACCACUGCCAUUCCCAAGGCUGUUCGGCCCAGCCAGCGCAAGGGCGUGCAAUCGACGAAGACCAAGUUCGUGCGCUCUGUUGUGAGAGAGGUAGCUGGAUUCUCCGCGUACGAGAGACGGGUCAUGGAGCUGUUGAGGAACUCGAAGGACAAGAAGGCCAGGAAGCUGACCAAGAAGCGACUCGGGACGCUCCUGCGCUCGAAACGCAAGCUGGAGGAGCUGUCGACUAUCAUCCAGGAGAGCAGGAGAGCAGGACACUAA